GUCCGAGCUGUGGGAGGUGAUUAUGCACUCAGUUUAAUGUGCGGCGCAAGCGUGAUGGAAUGCACUGUGUCACGGUGGUUCUCGUUCAUGGGGACGUAUAACGAAGAUGUAGGUGUGCCGUUUCACAUCGAAUUUGUGCCGAUCGCAGCUUCACCUUACAACCAACAGUCGCUGGAUACACUCAGUACACCGGCCGCGCGCAGCAUUCAGCCACCUUCUACUCGAGUGCACGUUUGCUCUGAAGCUGCUCAUCCGGGUGAAAAAUGUCAGAUUGCAUCGAUCGAUUGUAUGCUAAUUUUGUCAUUGUUCGGAUUUGGUGGACUGUGUUUUGCUGUUCUAUUCCUUGCUGCGAUGCACUAUGGCCUAAAGAAAGGACCUGACAACGAUCUAAGCGAUUUUAAGCCAGCUGCUGGAACGCUAGAUGAUACUGACCUUGGAACGAUUGAUACACUCGGAUCGUGGAUUGAGUCACAGCUCGAACUGAUUUGUGCACAUUAUGGACAGUUGUGUGCGAAACGUCCGCUAACAGUAUUCACGUUUGGCAUGCUUACUGCGCUAUUGUGCUCUAGCGGUCUGUUUUUCGUUCGUUUUACUACUGAUCCCGUGGAACUAUGGUCGUCGAGAACAAGUCGGGCGAGGAGCGAAAAAACUUUCUUCGACAGUAAGUUCGGGUAGGU